AUGAUAGCACAAGUUGAUCAAGAGAUGAAUUUUGAGUCGAGAGACAUUGAUAAAGGGAUAACUAUUGAAGACAGUGGGAGAGACAUUGAUGAAAGGAGAACUAUUAAAGACAAUAGGAGAGUUAGUACUCCGGAUGAUAGAGCUUUGGUUCCAAGGCCAUGUACUCUUACUUCUAGUGAAAAUCAGUUUGUCAUUCUAGCUCAGGAGGCUAUUGUGGGGGCUGCUAAUGAAUUAAUUGAGCAAUUGGAAGACUACGUGUUCCAGGGGCCAAAUGCUCAGACCCUUGAUGAAGAGAACUCAAUGGUGGUUACUAAUGAGGCUUUAGAUGAUGUUGAGGGUUCAUUCCCCACCCCCUCAACGAGGACAGAGGACAAUGCAACUGUGGUUCGAGAACUGGAGGAUGGUGCUCAUGAAAAACGAGGUGGAAUUCUUCCCAAUGCCGUUUCAUGUUCAGACUUUCAAUACAUGUCAACUAAUUAUGAGUUGGUUCAUCUUCCUACUAAAGGAUUGCCUUAUACCUGGAUGAAUAGAAGGGGUGUUGGUGCAAGUGUUGAAAUGAGACUUGAUCAGUGUCUUAGUAAUUUCUCUUGGAUGGAUGAGGUUUGGCAGAGUUCUCAUUUUUAUGGUAAUUCAAUAUUUGUUUUGGCUUCUAAGCUGCGGACUCUUAAACAUCAGAUUCGUGUUUGGAAUAAAGUUGAGUUUGGGGAUGUAAACGUAAUGGUAGAGAAGUCAUUUGAUGAUUUGCAUAUAAUUCAGCGGGAAAUUGCUAGCUUGGGUCCUUCUGAUGACUUGCUUUCCAGGAAGAGUGUUGCCAGUACUCAAUCAUUAUCAAUUAUGAGAGAUGGAAACAGCAUUAUUGAUGACCUAAAAGAGAUUAGUGAUCAUGUGGUAAAUUGUUUCAAUGGCCUCUUCACAACAUAUUCUUUUGUAAGAGACACUGGUCUAGUUUCUCAGUGUUGGUCACUUGUUGGUGUAGAGGUAGUCCAAGCUGUUCAUAGUUUUUUCAAUACUGGAUACAUUCUCCCCCACUUCAAUUCCAAUUUAAUUAUCUUGAUUCCUAAAGUCCCUGGAGCAGGCACUGUAACGCAGUUGCGUCCUAUUGCUAUAUCGAAUUUUAUUUUCAAGCUUAUCACAAAGAUUUUAGCUGACAGUUUGGGAAGUAUUGCUACUCGGAUUAUUUCACCCAACCAAAGUGCUUUUCUUAGAGGCCGCACUAUUAUAGACCCCAUUAUAUUGACUUCAGAAUGCAUUAACCUCCUGGAUUGUAAUUGUAAGGGCGGUAACAAUGCAAUUAAGUUUGAUGUGCAAAAGGCAUUUGACACGCUUGAUUGGGGUUUCUUACUUCGGGUUUUGAAGGCUUUUGGUUUUUCAGAUCAUUUUUGUGACUUGAUUAAAGCAAUUUUGGGGUCUGCACACUUAUCAAUUUUAGUUAAUGGUGAGAUGGAAUGGUUUUUUCCUUGUUCUCGUGGUGUUCGUCAAGGAGAUCAUUUGUCACAUAUUCUCUUUUGUCUUGCGGAAGAGAUUUUAAGUAGAGGUCUCACUAAGUUGGCUGAGGAUGGACUUAUUGAUUUACUAUCAUCUCAUCUUGGUAUUACUCCACCCUCGCAUGUUCUAUUUGCAGAUGACAUUAUAGUUUUUAUGCGGGGUACCAAGAGAUCUUUGAAGAAUCUAAUUAAGUUUAUGGAGGAAUAUGGCUUGAAUUCAGGACAAAGAGUCAAUAAAUCUAAAUCGCUUGUGUUCUUUGCAAAAUAUGCUCACCGUAGACGCUUUGUUAUCCGGAAAAUUUAG